UCUUUUUCUUUCUGCCUUUACAUGCUGUCUUCUUCCUCCUUCCUUCUUCUUCUUCUUCUUCUCUUUCCUUCACCAGCAAAAUUCAAACCCAUUCAACCCAACAAACCUAAAACAAACAAAAAACCCCUAAUCCCACGUAAUUAUCAGCUUAAUCAACCCCAAUCCGAUCCAAAUUAAGCCAUGAAAUUAUCCUAAUUAACGGUUUUCCGGUUUAUGUAAACUACACAAAGCGAUGCCGAGCGUGGCCGUGAAACUCUACAGCGUCUUCUUCAAGUUUCUUUUAAAGCACCGUUUGCAGAACCGGAUCCAAGGCCGGCCCGAAGACUCCGACCCGUUCGGCGUCACGACCCGACCCGACGAAUCGGUGGCUCCGGCCAACCCGUCAUUCUCCGAUGGUGUUGCCACUAAAGACAUCCACAUCGACCCCUUAACAUCUCUCUCGAUUAGAAUUUUCCUUCCAGAUUCCGCGCUCGAACCUAAUUCCCAACCUAGCUCCAAACCCGAACCUGGAUCGGUGAACCACGAAACGUCGUCGUUGCGCGCGGUGAGGCGCAACAGCUAUGAGCCGGCAAUCUUCUCGCCGCGGGAGGAGGAGCGACGGAACAGCGGCGGCGACAGUGGCGGUUGCGGCGGCGCUUACCGGGGGUACGCGCCGUCGCCGGCGGGGAAUGGUCGCCGGAAAAAGUUACCGGUGGUUCUGCAGUUCCACGGUGGCGGGUGGGUGAGCGGGAGCAACGAUUCGGUUGCGAACGACGUGUUCUGCCGGCGGGUCGCGAGGCUCUGCGAGGCGGUGGUGGUGGCGGUGGGGUACCGGCUGGCGCCGGAGAAUCGGUAUCCGGCCGCGUUCGAGGACGGGCUGAAGGUGCUGAAUUGGCUGGCGAAGCAGGCAAAUUUGGCGGAGUGCACUAAGUCAAUGGGGGGGAGGAGGAGGUUGGAGGGUCAGCACAAGCAUAUUGUGGAAACCUUUGGGGCAUCAGUGGUUGAGCCUUGGUUGGCUGCUCAUGGAAAUCCAUCAAGGUGUGUUCUUCUUGGCGUGAGUUGCGGUGCAAAUAUUGCAGACUAUGUGGCUCGAAAAGCUGUAGAAACAGGCACACUUUUGGACCCUGUCAAGGUAGUGGCACAGGUCCUGAUGUAUCCAUUUUUUAUUGGAAGUGUGCCUACUCGUUCUGAAAUUAAGUUGGCAAACUCUUACUUUUACGACAAGGCAAUGUGUAUGCUAGCAUGGAAACUAUUCCUACCUGAGGAAGAGUUUAGCCUAGACCAUCCAGCCGCCAAUCCCCUAGCCCCAGGUCACGGUCCUCCUUUAAAGAAGAUGCCUCCAACAUUGACAGUAGUGGCAGAACAUGACUGGAUGAGGGACCGCGCCAUUGCUUAUUCAGAGGAGCUUAGGAAGGUGAAUGUUGAUGCACCUGUUUAUGAGUAUAAAGAUGCAGUCCAUGAAUUUGCAACACUUGACGUACUUCUCAAAAGCCCUCAGGCCCAGGUUUGUGCCGAGGACAUUGCCAUCUGGGUCAAGAAAUAUAUUUCGCUUCGAGGUCAUGAAUUCUCAUAUUGAGCAGUAUUUAAGAUGAUGAUGGUUCAGUGAGAAAAUCUUUGAAGGCCAUUUUUCUGCUACCACCAGUAUAUAUACACCUUCGGGGUUACGAGGUCCUGCUGUUCUUGUUGUUGACCUGUUCCACGUUCCCUCCACCUGUCAGUUCUUGUUGUAAGAUAGUUGUUUGAGAGUUGAGCUAGAGAGAGAUCCAUUCACCUCCAUGCACACUGCAUUUGGAAGCCCCUGUUCCAUUUUUUCUUGUGUAUUAUGAUGUACUAUUUCUCAUGAUAUAAAAUUUAGUGAUAUAUUCUUUUAGCAUUAGGGUCAUCGUUCAUGAAGUCUCCAGUCUAUUCUCUUAUCUAUGCAACUUUUGGAGUAGUAGUGGGACUUCAUAGUUAAUUAAUUUUGUACAGGAGACCAGUUCUCUGUGUUUCGAUAUCAUUAAGAUUUCGGAUUAAAAAACAAUUUCCCUUAA